AUGUUUGUUUCACAUGAUAAGAAUCCUAGUAAAAAGAAAUUCCAGAAACCAAAUAUCCUUAGAAGGAAAGCAAUAGUUAAUAAGACAUCACUAGUGAAAAAUAAAAAAGCAACUGACUAUGAACCAUCAUCUGUAAAGUCAUUAUUGAAUACACCAUUUGAUCUAGACCCAAAGGAUAAGGAAAUAGAAUUAGAAAAUGUAACAAGAUAUCAAAAUAAUUGUACAGUUGGUGAUUCAGUGAGAUUGAAAACUGAUAACUCAGCUCAUUUAAACAAUACAGGAGAAACAUCUAUAGAAAAUGAUGUAACAUUAAAUGUUAAUGAUGAAGUACACACAACACAAUCUGUAAAUGUGGAAUCAUUUCUGUUAAGUGAUGUUGUGAAACAGAAUAUUCCUUUAUUUAACACAAAUAUAUCUCAGAAUAAGGAUGGGAUCCAGCAACAAAAAUGGUGUUUAGAUUACAAUCAGGAAUCACAGAAAAUUGUUAUUGAACAUUUUGAUAGUUCUCAAAUGAGUGGUCUCUACCAAGAACAGAAAUCAGAUGUUAUGAGUAUGAUGGUGCCAUUAUCAGCUGUGACCAGUAUACAAGAACCGCAAGUAGUUUAUAAUACAACAACUGCUCCUACAAAUGUACAACAGAUCUCUAUAGAGGAGUUGACUCAAGCACCUAUUAGAUUUAAGUGUGAUGUACAAGAUUGUAGUAAAGAGUUUCUGAGCGAACAGAAAUUAAAUAAACAUAAGAACACACACAACAAAGAUGGCGCCAAAGUUCCGAGACAGAUAACCGUAGGUUGUCCUGUUAAGAAGAUACAAGAUGGCGGCGCUGAAGAAGCUUGUGGCAGAAUAUUCCAUGUUAGAGAGGAUCUCAUUAAGCAUUUAAAUGAAGAGCAUACUAUUGAAGAAGCUGUACACAGAUGUCCGGAGUGCGGUCGUCGUUUCUUCUGGGCGUCAGGUCUUCGUGCUCAUGUUCGCGCCCACUCAGUCCGCGCCGGUCGCUCUGUGCUUGCUUGUCCUUGGCCGGGCUGCACGAGAGUGUUCAGACAACCCUGUAGAUUGAGGGAACACGCGCGAGCACAUACUGGAGACAAGCCAUAUCCUUGUGACUACCCGAACUGCGGCUGGUCGUUCCGUACAGCGAGUAAAUUAGUCCGUCACGCUCGUAGACACACGGGCGAGCGUCGCCACGUGUGUGGUGCGUGCGGGAGAGCGUUCCUUAGAAGGGAACACUUGAGGGACCACGCGGCUAGACAUCACGCGCCGCACGCACGACGGACACACGCCUGCCCGCACGCUGACUGCCAGCAAAGCUUUACAAACAUGAGCUCACUGUAUAUACACAUGAAGAAAGUUCACAAGAAAGAUGACAGUGAAACAACACAAGUUGUCCAGACUGUUGAAAACGAGGAAACACAGAACGUAGAGACGGAAAAUCUGUUUAUGGUAAGUCUGUUGGAGCCGAGUGAAACAAACAUUACGGAGGAACAAGUGUCUACGGAGGAAGGACAUUCAGCUCGUACACACUGCACCUGGCCUCUACCACCACGCACUGAAUACAAUGAUGCUUAUGUAUUAGAAGAUGUUCAGGUGGAACAAUCAGAAGCUUCAGAGAGUAACAUCUACACAGUGAGAAGUGAUCUCUUCCUACAUGGAAAUCUACUACACAAUGAAGACAGCGAACAGAUGUCUACAUGCGUGCACGUGUCAGAGUGUCAAGGCGAGGGUGACGGCGGGCAAAGAGCCGCCGACGGACUUUCAUUGGACGCUGAUCUACUGUUAGAUGCACCAUCCGUACAUCUUGAUCAGGAGGAGUUGUACACUGACGCGGUUGACGAAUCUUCUUUUCGAGUAUUUUUCCUCAGCGGUGAAGAGUUGGUUUAA